CAAAAAUCCGGACGAAAUUUAAAACUCGGAUUGUUUAGCUAGAUCUAUUUAGGGCUUUGUUAUUGUUGUUUAGUAUUGUUUACCAUUUAGAAUCUAGAUCUAUAUACUAUAUAGAUCUAUAAUAUAGACUAGAUAUAAAGCCUUUUUGUUGCCUUGUAAUCUAGAUCUAUAUUCUCCACUAUGGACCAUAAUAUUGAUUUGCGUUUAAAUAAAGAUGUGUUAAUGCUAUUAGAAAACGCUCGGUUAGAAACGUAUGAAAAAUGGCCUAACGACAAAACUUGGUAUUGCACACCUGAAAAGCUUGCCAAAAGUGGCUUCUUCUUCAAUCCAAGUUCUGAUUCUCCUGACAAUGUUUGUUGUGCAUUCUGUCGUAAAGAAUUGGAUUGCUGGGAUCCUGACGAUGAACCAUUGGCUGAACAUAAAAAACAUUCGCCAAAGUGCCUAUUUCUUACAUUGAGUUGUCCAGUUGAGAACCUUACAGCUGUGGAGUUUCUAAAGCUUGUUAAAGAUGUUACAGUUUUCAGGGCUAGUUAUUUUUUUGACAAGGCCAUAUCUACGUUUGAAAGUCAGGCAGCUGAUACACGACAAGAAAUAAUUAAACAUAUAAGCAAGUGAUAGGAAGUUCUUGUCUUUUCUUCAACUUUUGUUUGCUGAGAUUGGAUGCUUGUGACUGUGCACUUUUUCUGGAACUUAAAAUUUCAAAAUUUGUUUGUACCACUUUUCAAAUGUAUUUAUUCUGACUCAACAUUGUAUAUUAACUCUUUGUCAACUGCAAAUUUUUAUUUGAGACAUUAUUGUUUGGACUUCAAUGGACAAAUAUCAAAAUUAAAUAAACAUAGUUUGUAAAUAUUCCAUUGCUAUAGGAGCUAUGCAUAAAUUUAAGAGGUAUUUAGUUAUUUCAGAAUGAUGUUCAUGCUAUGUAUUUCUCUUUAAAUUAAAUAACUCGAUUGUUUUAGAUUCUUUGUUAAUUUGUACAAAAUUUGUUUCCAACAAAACAGAAAAGACCAAUAUAGAAAACUUUAAACAUCAGAGCAGAUGAAAAAUACUGUUUUUAAAAUUUCUAGUGAUUGAUUUGAAAUUUCAAGCCUUGAGAAAUAGAACUUCACUCUAAUUUGCACCUAAUGUGAGUGGAUGCAGACCUCACUUUUUUGUUAAGCAACAUUCAUUACAGAUCACUUCUAGGAAAGAAUAGAUUAUUACAACCCCAGGAGUAUUUUUAAAUAUCGUUUAACCAACUUGAUGACUUGUACUGUUAAUUUCUAAUUGAUUUUUAAGGCCUUCAGUUUAACAGAUGUGUAACACAAACUCACUUUUUACAUAUUUUGUUGUUUACCUUUUGAAAUCUUAACUCAAAAUUUGGAACAUGAACUGAAAGGAAAGUUGAAAACAGACAUAAUACUGUUAUGUUAAGUUAUCAAAGAUUUCUAACCCUUAGGUCUAAAUUCAUUUUUUUAGUAAUAUAAUAAUA